CCUCAAAAUUCAGGGUGGGAUGACAACCCUAGUCUGCAGUCCAGGCGAGAAUCACGAAUUACAGGCCCUGUAUGCUCGCACUGGCUUUUUCAGGCUUUCAUGUUUUCAGUUUUCUUGUUGUCUUUUUGGUUUUGUCUUUUCGUCUUUAGUCUUUUUAGUUAAAUUGCAGUAGUACACCAGAAAUUGUGUGAUGGAUGAAACAAUCCUUUAAACAAUCUAGGUGUUACUCUGCUCAAGCAACAGGAGCGAAAAACGUUGGAAAUGGCAUUUGCAGUGCGCAAAAUGGCGCUGGGAUUUUCUUUUAUUCCGUCUGCAUGGCGAGUGGGUACUUCUGCUGUAGAUAGUAUUGUCUGUGGAAUUCCUCGUUCCCAAGCUGGAAUAAGUCUCAACGUGACCAGAGGAUAUCGAAAAUUAGGACACCCCAUCUAUGCCACUGAAGCGAGGUUCAAAAGUCCGGAUCCGAAAGUCCACCAUUUUAAGAAAAUUCUUUUACCACCUCUGGAAGAGCAGCGAGAACCUAUUCCGAUUUUGCAUGCGAUGUACCGCAGAAGCUUCGCCCGAAAGGACUACGGUCACAAACCAAAGCCAAGGUUGGAUGUAAAUCCGUGGAAAUGGACCCCAGUCGAUGAAGACGGACAUAAAAUCGAGAAAGGAUUGGACAAAUAUUCACCCAAACCAUUUCAAGUUGUGCGAACAGGAGGACGCCAUCCUUUAACUGGACGAGUUAUUUACCGAAGGAUUGGUGGCGGUGUGAAGCCUACAUUUUUCUUCCUUGAUACCACACGGGAGUAUAUACCCGAUUCAGAGACACCGAUUGUAGAAAAGGUUCUGCAAGUCCGUGAGACCCCCAAUUUACGAUCCGCACAUAUUGCUAAACUUGGUUACGAAGACUCGUACCGCUGGGUAAUUGCUACGGAAAAUAUGAAACCCGGUCAACUGGUUAAAAGUUCCCGAGCGGUUGGACGACUGCCGGUUCGGGCCUUCGAAGGAGACACCUACGCUGUUGGGGCAUUACCAGUGGGGACUGUGCUUAGCUCCGUAGAGCGAGUUGAAGGAGACGGAGCGAAGGUUGCCCGUGCUGCUGGAUGCUGUGCUACCAUAAUCAAAAAAGAAGAAGGCUCUGUUAUUAUCCAAAUGCCUAGCAAACAAACGAUCCGAGUGAGUGAAAAAUGUAUCGCUACCGUGGGCCGAGCGAGUAAUGUGGGAUGGCAGGAUAUCGACUGGGGCUCGGCCGGAGCGAUGCGUCGAAGGGGUAUCCGACCCAAAAGUGGUUUAUGGCAUCGGAAGGAUGGUUAUUGUGGACGCAAGAUCAAAGCCGCUAAGCCUCUGCGCAGUUAUCUAACACCACCGGCGGAAAAGCCGGCGUCAUAUAGUUUUACUCAUAAAUUUUGAGCGAUUUAAGUUCUAGGUUGUUCUGGUUAGAUGACAACCACUUUCUGGAAUUUUGAUAUGGCAUUUUGUACAGUCCAUAACAUUUGGUUUUUAUAGCGGCUCUAACCAUGGUAAAAAAUGAAAA